AUGAAGUUCAUCCUCUCUUCCCUCGCCCUCGCCGCCCUCGCCCAGGCAACUUACCCCAUCACCGGCACAACCGUGAACUGCCGCUCCGGCCCAUCCACCGACGCCGGCAUCGUCAGAACCUACAAGAAGGACGACCAAGUCACCAUCGUGUGCCAGACAAACGGGCCCGAAGUCAACGGCAACUCCAUCUGGGACAAGACCUCGGACGGGUGCUUCGUCACCGACUACUUCGUCAAGACAGGCUCGUCCAAGUUUGUCGCCGACAAGUGCGGCUCUUCGUCUUCUUCGGCCGCUGCUUCCACCAGCGUGACUGCCGCGCCCACGAGCGCCGCUGCUUCUACUACAGUUGCUGUUCCUACUGGUGGUAACAGCACUGUUAUUCCUACGGGGAGUCUCACUUCCACUGGCGGAGCUGCUACCUCGACGGCUCCUGUGCCUGCUGGUGCGGCUGUGGAUGUGGCGAGUGGUUUGUUUGCCGCUGUGCCUCUUUUGAUGGCCCUUUUUUAA